CCUAACCGUGGGGCUAUGACAAGGACCCAAACAACAUGUACUGGGGAAGUUAAUGAUAGUUUGAAGUAAACAUUGGACUUUACGCUGAAAUUUUCAAACUUCCAGCUCUCUCAGACUCCUAACAGUGGGUAAAAUGAACAACAUGUCCCCUGAAGUUGCGCUGCACCGGAUCUCACCUGAGCUGCGUCCCCUGCUGUGCAGUGUGGUGAGGAACGGCCGCGUGGGGCUCGACUCCACAAACUGCCUCCGUGUCACAGACCUCAAAACUGGAUGUACAUCUCUGACGCCUGGUCCCUGUUGUGAUCGCUUCAAACUUCACAUCCCUUAUGCUGGAGAAACCCUUAAAUGGGAUAUCAUAUUCAAUGCACGCUAUCCAGAAUUGCCCCCAGAUUUUAUUUUUGGAGAAGAUGCAGAGUUUCUCCCUGAACCCUCUGAGCUACCACACUUGGUGCACUGGGAUGCUGGGAAUCCUGAAUGUCUGCUCCAGCUGGUGAAGGAGCUCAUCCAACAGUACCAUCACUACCAGUGCCUGCGUCUGCGUGAGAGCUCUAGACUUCUCUUUGAGUAUGACAGCCUGCUGGAAGACCCCAACUACGGCCGCAACAUGGAGAUUUAUGCUGGACGCAAGAACAGCUGGACAGGAGAGUUUUCUGCCCGUUUCCUUCUCAAACUCCCUGUGGACUUCAGCAAUAUCCCCAUCUAUCUCCUUAAGGACACAGCGCUGGACCCUGGAGAAGACGUGGCCCUCCUCUCAGUGAGCUUUGAGGAUGCUGAAGCAACCCAAGUCUUUCCAAAACUGUACCUGUCCCCCAGCAUCGAACAUGCUCUGGGAGGCUCCUCAGCACUCCAUAUCCCAGCAUUUCCCAGUGGAGGAUGCCUAAUUGAUUACGUCCCUCAAGUGUGUCAGUUACUCACCAACAAGGUGCAGUAUGUCAUCCAAGGCUAUCACAAGAGGCGAGAGUACAUCGCUGCUUUUCUCAGCCACUUUGGAACGGGGGUGGUGGAGUAUGAUGCCGAGGGAUUCACGAAACUCACCCUUCUACUAAUGUGGAAAGAUUUCUGCUUCUUAGUGCACGUGGACCUCCCGCUGUACUUCCCCAGAGACCAGCCCACCCUCACCUUCCAGUCUGUGUACCACUUCACUAACAGUGGUCAGCUCUACUCUCAGGUGCAGAGGUCAUAUCCUUACAGCCCACGCUGGGACGGCAACGAGAUGGCAAAGAGGGCAAAGGCGUACUUCAAGAGCUUCAUCCCUCAGUUCCAGGAGGGAGCCUUUGCCAAUGGGAAGCUCUAGUACUGCCUGGCUUAAUGACAUGCCUGGAGAGCCGCCUGUGGGAGAGAGUGUGUGUGUGUGUGAGUGUGUACCUGUAGUAUGCACAGACUUAGAUUUGUGAAAUGUACUGUGCAGGAACAGUACGAUGAUCAUGACAGUAUGCUUCUCAGUCUGUACCUUCACUUUUUAUUAUAGCGGAUCUUCUGUUUAGUCAGCCAAAAACUGUCUGUGCUGAUGAUUCAGCCCAAUUAAAGGCCUUUAUUUUGAAAACAAAUGGCAAACUGACAGGAAAUAAUUUGACAACCUGUACUGUACCUGUACAGUUCAAUCUGUUCCACCCGUUUAGGUAAACAUCAUUUGUUGUGUUGUGCGUCUGGCUCCAUCCACGGAUUCCCUGAUGUGAACACCUUUUCUGAUAGUUUGCGACAUGAUUGUCAAGUUUGGCCCCACUAUUAACAUUUGUUCAAAGAUCUGUGACUUGCCUUUUAAUUGUUUAAAUGCUGCAUGUUUCAUUUCUGUGAAUAUGAUUUUUUUUUUCCUGACAUGUUGACAGUAAAAAAAAGUUCUUUUUCUCCUGA